AUGGAACAGACAAGAACACAAACCAAUACCCCACCGGCUGAGGCCGUAGGCUUGCAUCAAGAGGCGAGAAAAAGCUCCAUCGCAUCUUCGGAACCCAAGACAAGCAGUGAGACAUCGACCUCGGCAUCGGUAGUUACUAGUGGACAUGAGAAUGCAAAGUCUCUUCCCGAACAAGAGGAUGUCGCUAUGGCCGAUUACGUUGGCGACGUCAGAUCCACUGCGGAGCAUGGUACAAUUACGCCCUCUCAGGUCCAUUCACAUUCAGAGACUCAGAUAAACUCCGAGAGUCAACCUCUGUCGCAAACGCACGACAGCUCUGGGUGCCAGACGGUGGCAACUUCGCCCGAUAGUUGCAACAGCUCCAUGUUUCAUUCAAAUGUCGAGCAUGACUCGAGUGCCAUCUUCAAACCAUUCGAUAGUAAGACUGGUCAGUUCGUUGGCCAAACAACUGAUCGGCAGGCAACGAAGGCGGAAGCUGCAGAGCCACCGCUUUCCACACAGUCCGAGGACUUUAGAACUCUCGCAUCACUUAAAGCGGCUGCGGCGAGAAACAAUAAGUUUCGCUCGCAUUCCGUACCAUCCAUUCUACAUUCAUCACUAAGACGGAUUGGACUCUCUACAACUUGUGGAUUUCUGACGUCUCAGCAGCAGCAGCCCGUUGUUCACGUUAAUCGGGGUGUGAACAAAAAGAAGAAGCAGAAUAAACACUCAUCGUCAUUACGCCAUGCGCUUUUGAUGAACCAACGGUUGCAACCGUUGGAUGGUCAGAUGUCAUUAAGUGAACGAGUCAAGUAUAUCAGAGCACAUACUGGACCAGUCCCAUUGCCACCCAUUAAUGUGCAAUGUCUGAAGGAGAUCGAUUUACAAGAAAUAGUGAAAAACCCCCAACUAAGACAUGACAUAAUAUUUGAUCCUUUACUACAAUUCAGGCCAAACUUAGAUGGAGAGCGUGGUUUGAAGAAAAAACAGAUUUCGGACAAGUAUUGGAACGAUGUCGAAAACGAGAUUUAUGUGUACACUAAGAAACCUGAUGCGUUUAGGUAUGAAGAGACAAGGCUCGUUCCUCUAUUUAAUAGCCUAAAGGAAGUACUGGUAACUAUUGUCCCUCAAAAAGAAGUUCACACUGUCCAGAAUGUUUUAGAUACCGAGUUACUUGUGCAAGAGCUUCUGAAAGGAUCCUUGAUGAUGUCUAAUUUCUCCGACUGGUUGGCGCAGUUAUUCAAGCAUCACUGCGCUCCAAUGAGAGAUCCUUGGGUUGACAAGAUGAGCCAAAAAUUUAAGGAAUCAGAAGAGGAAAAGUCAAUUACUAAAUUAGUUGAAGGACUCAGGUUAGUGUUUCAGAUUUUGGAGGCAAUGAAGCUUGAUAUCGCAAAUCAUCAGAUCCGAAUCUUGAGGCCCGCACUAUUGAGCAAUGCGGUAGAAUUUGAAAAGCAAUAUUUUCAAUCACUAAUGGCAUCAAACAGAGUAGACUUGAAAUCAUCAUUUAAGUGGUUCAAUGAGAAAUACAGUGAAAACUAUAAGAAUGAGCUUUCGAAGUCCAGUCGUCUGAGCGCUCCAGAUGUUUAUCGCUUGUGCAUCAGGAGUAUCAUCGGUCUUCUCUCUUGCCGAAAGAUGGUAAGGGAAUAUCCUACCUCUUUAUCGUUUGACCAUGCCAGAUUGAUACUCUUACGCGCUGACAUUCGUCAAAUUGUAUGUCUGCUCGUUUGCCGUCUGCUUUUUAAGCAGCUAGUCGCAAAUGACAGCACCAUGGAUAAGCGUACGAAGGAAUAUGUUAUAACCUCGUACGCUAACAAAAAACUCAAGGAAGAAAUUGUGAGUAUUAUUACCGAUGAGCACGGAAACUGUAGAUGGACUAAAAACACAAUGUCGAUAGCGGUGCACUUAUGCAAAACUAUCAGAGAUUUGAAGCAAGAAUUCCAAUUACAAAGAAAUCUGGGGGAUGUAUCCCUAGGCAGUUCGAGCACUUCGAAUGAUGGCACAUCUGUUGCUUCUGCGCCACUGGAUACACUACAAAUUGACUUCGCGAAGUCAUGGUUAUCAAAGCAAACCCAGCCUCUGAGCGAAGUUUAUGGAGUCCUGGAAAAUAGGGUAUUCAAAUCUUUGGAGGAAUCGAUAUUUGAAAGAUCAAGUUGCACGCAAGAUGGUAGUGUUAAACAGGACUUUAUUCACAUUUGCAGCGCCAUGUCUUCAGCAGGAACAUCUGCUACUACCGGAUCAUCGGUCGCUCACAGCGGUGCAAUAAUAAAACCUACGAUUAACGUAUCUCCGCGCAAGGACAAUAUUCUCAAAGAGCAAAAAGCCGCAACUCCACAAGCUAAAAAACUUGCCUCGCUAGAUGUUGAGGAAUUCGAGAGUUUGUUUUGCCACUUAUAUACCUUGGUUAAUUUUCAUUGGUCAGUUUUCGGGUGUCUCUACAUGGAAUGUUUAGGAGACAAAAUGGAGGAAAUUCUUUAG